GCUGCAGCCGGAGCCUAUUGUUAGCCGGAGCCGGGAUGGUUCUGGUCUUCGCUGCUCGGGGAGUCGGAGUGCUGACCCGUCCGCCCCCCGCCGCCUGCCGGCCGGCCCACACACCCUGCAGCCCCGGGAUCCACGCGAAAGGCCCUGGAACCGGCACGCCUCAGUCUCCCCUCCUUGCACGGACUGAGUAGGCAGCGGGGGGCAGCGGAGACCGUGACGGGGGAAGCGGCUGCGGCGGGGCGGAGUCCUCAUGCUCCUGGCUACCUGGUGGUGAGCAGCUGGGGGCCAUCGUGCUUGGCUCCCUGAGGAAAACUUUGGAAGCCAAUGGAUGCCUUCUCAGGCUCAGGCCUCAAGAGGAAAUUCGAUGAUGUGGACGUGGGCUCGUCAGUCUCCAACUCAGAUGAUGACAUGUCCAGCAGUGAUAGUGCAGACAGCUGCGACAGCCUUAACCCUCCUACGACUGCCAGCUUCACCCCAACGUCCAUCCUGAAGCGGCAGAAGCAGCUGCGGAGGAAGAGUGUCCGCUUUGACCAGGUGACUGUGUACUACUUCGCCCGGCGACAAGGUUUCACCAGCGUGCCCAGCCAGGGUGGGAGCUCCCUGGGAAUGGCCCAACGCCACAACUCCGUACGCAGCUACACACUUUGUGAGUUUGCACAAGAACAAGAGGUGAACCAUAGAGAGAUUCUUCGGGAGCACCUGAAGGAGGAGAAACUUCAUGCCAAGAAAAUGAAGCUGACGAAGAAUGGGACCGUGGAGUCAGUGGAGGCCGACGGCUUGACACUUGAUGACGUCUCAGAUGAAGAUAUUGAUGUGGAAAACGUGGAGGUGGACGACUACUUCUUCCUUCAGCCCCUGCCCACCAAACGGCGGCGGGCGCUGCUGAGGGCUUCUGGGGUCCACCGGAUUGAUGCCGAAGAGAAGCAGGAACUUAGAGCCAUCCGUCUGUCUCGGGAGGAGUGUGGCUGUGACUGUCGGCUGUACUGUGACCCUGAAGCAUGUGCCUGUAGCCAGGCUGGGAUUAAAUGCCAGGUGGAUCGAAUGUCCUUCCCUUGUGGCUGCUCCAGGGAUGGCUGUGGGAACAUGGCUGGGCGAAUUGAGUUUAACCCGAUCCGAGUGCGGACUCACUACCUCCACACCAUCAUGAAGCUGGAACUCGAGAGCAAGCGGCAGGGGAGCCGCCCAGCAGCCGCCGAGGACGAGCCCCUGCCGGGAGCACGGAGCUCGGAGACACAGGACUUCCAGGAGUUCAUCGCUGAGAAUGAGACUGCGGUGAUGCAUCUGCAGAGUGCCGAGGAACUGGAGCGGCUCAAGGCUGAGGAGGACUCGAGCGGCUCCAGCGCGAGCCUGGACUCCAGCAUGGAGAGCCUGGGCGUGUGCAUCCUGGAGGAGCCCCUGGCUGUUCCCCAGGAGCUGUGCCCGGGCCUCGCAGCCCCUGUUCUCAUCCAGGCUCAGCUGCCCCCAGGCUCCUCUGUCCUGUGCUUUACUGAGAGCUCGGAACACCCGGCUGCCUCCCCGAUGAGCAGCCCGGCUUACUUCAACAGCGGGCCUCUGCUGUACUACCAGGUAGAGCAGAGGCCAGUCCUGGGAGCGAAAGCAGAGUCUGGUUCAGAGGAAGGCACAGCCUCCUUCCCCAGGGAGAAAGAUCUGAGUGCUUUCUCCCUCCCUGUUACCUCACUGGUGGCUUGCAGCCCUUCUGACUCAGCUGCUCUCUGCAAAUCAGAGGUGGGGAAAACACCCAGUCUCAACAAACUCUUGCCCGACGACUGUAACCGUAAGGAGCCCGAGAGGGAAGGCUCGCACCCCUCGUGGUCUCCCUCAAGCCUACCCUUCCGAACGGACAAUGAAGAAGGCUGUGGAGUGCACAACUCCCAGCAGAGUGAGGACCGGACCCCUGAAGACUCAGCCCCGGAACUCCCUCUGGCAGUGUGACCUGAGACAGUGUCCAUUCUCUAUUUAUUAUCUAAUGCCAUUUCAGAACAAGACUGCUGCUCCCAGGUUACUUUGUUGGAAGUCUUAGGAAAUGGGUAGGAAAGGAUUGUUAGUCACGUGUUUUCUGAGAGAGCGUUCCCAGGAGACCAGCCCCAGCUGCAGUAUCCAUGACUGCUCUUUGGGCCACCAGAACAAAGAUGUCAAUCACAGAGCUGCGCAGCUCAAGCAGCUCCUCAUGCUUAGUGCCAGGACCAAGGAUGCGAGCAGCUCCCCGCACUACACACUGGCUCCUCAGACAGCCGUCUUCUUGUAGCAGCCACACUAGUGCAAAGCCACUCAGCUGAGUGUAGGACGGAGGGGAGGUUCCAGAAGAGUUGCUGCUUCUGUAUAAAACUCCCAGGAGUUCUAGACGUUGAUUCUGCCUUUUCCCUGCCCCCUUAACUGAUAAUAAGUUAAUUUCCAAUGAGUUUGGUGUUCCCUGACCUGAUCUGCAAACUGGGGAUCCCUGGUCUAUACCUGGGAUCUUUCUUUCAUAUGUGCUUUGGUACGACAGUGAAACUUCUGUCUUGGAAGGGGAAAUGCAGGCUGGGUAGGGAUGUGGUACAGAGGGAGACUUGUGCAUCAGGCGGGGUUCAGUCUGGAAGAUGGCUUUGUCGAGUUUGCUCUCUCACCUAGUGCAACACACACACACUCACAAACACACACACUCUCUCUUUUUAGGAGAUCUUGAUUCUGCUCUGAACACAGCACUACGGGUCAUCGUGACUGAGGACUCUCCUCUGUACCUGCCCUCACAGCCAUUCUUGGUUGUGUGGGGUUAGAAAGCUCUUUAGAGUUUACAGUUGAACCCCAAGAGUGGCAGGUGUUUAUUGGAACCUUCCAUCUUGGAGGUUCAUGAGAACUGGAAAUCAAACUGCUUCUUAGUUAGGACAUAGGAGUCCCACAUUCCAGAGGAUUCAGGACCUCAUUAUAAUAAUGAAAUGGAUGCCUGGGACUCAGACUCAACACUUACCUCAGCAGAAGUGCUGCUUCCAUGAGCUCGGGGAGUUCCAAGGUCCAAUCCUAGCACUGACCUUUUUAUUGGCAAUGUUACCCUCUGCCUCCUGGUUAAAUGGAGGCAGAAGGAGCAAAGGAACAAAACACUUUCUUUUCUUUACCAUUCUCUACUAACCAGGAAAGAAAACAAACUUGUAUUGAUUUUUUUAUUUUAUUUUAUUUUAUUUUUUUGAGACAGUGUGUUCCUAAAUAGCCCUGGCUGGCCUGGGACUUGCUAUGUAGACCAGGCUGGCCUCCAACCUGUGGUGGCCUCCUAAUCAUGCAUCCUAAUCAUGCAUCCUGAGUGUUGGGACUGCAGGUAUGCAUCUCUUUACUCAGCUUUAUCUAUUUACUUCUUUUUGGUGAGAUAAUAAAGCCCUGGUGUCAUAAACAAACUUUAGUGUAUGUGGCAGCAGAAACACCUGAAAAAUCCCUAAAUCCCAAGCCGGAGGACCUUGUAGUUAAUGCAGGUGCUGGUGUUUAGCCCAUUCUGCCACUGUCCCUUCUUGAGUUUGCUUAGGUUUUUUGUUGGGGUUCUUAAGUGAGUGCAUAAGCCCUCUCUCCAGUCUCACUAGUUAUCUGAAGAGGUCAAGGUGUUCUGACCCCUAGCUAGAACUCUCAGACUCAAAGACUCAAGCUUAGCUGAGACGUGUUGAUGGAAAGAAGACCCUUUGAAAGUUUCUUGGACAGGAGGGGACUCAGCCCCUUCCCUCCUUAAGACUCCAACUUUCUUAGCUCUUAGAUUUGGGUUUUCAUUAAGAAACAUAAAGAUUAGUCAACCCCAAGAUAUUUGAUACUUCUCUAUAACUAAUUUCUUAUUCUAAAUGCAUUUCAUUAAUUCCAUGUUGAUUCAAACUGACCCCAACAUCUGAGUGCUGAACUUAGUGCUGACUGAUGUCAAGCAAGGAACCCCUUGUACAACUUGGUCCGCCUCAGCUCUGGUGCUACCUGAGUCGGACAGGAUUCAUGGUUCCUGGUUGCCGGGAGGGCUGGGCCUCAGUCCAGGCCUAGAACUGUGGUGCACUGCUGCAGCCCCUGUACACAUCAUCCCCUCGGAUUCUACACACAGGUCAGACUCUCAGUGUGAACCCAAAGCUCAUCUGGCUCUCUGAAAACAACUUUUGUUCUUUAGGUUCUUUACAUUGUAAUAAUGCUGUAUUUAAAGAGAAUAUUUAAAUGUAAUAUUAAAGAAAUAUUGG